AUGGAGUACGUGUCUCCAGAGGGGCUGCGGGUCGACGGCCGCAGGCCAAAAGAGCUGCGACGGAUCCAGUGCGAGGUCGGGGUGUUGCCAUACGCUGACGGGAGCGCGAGCUUCGCCAUGGGCAACACGCGCGCCAUCGCCGCCGUCUACGGGCCGAGGCCCCUCGAGGCCGGCGUCGCGGAGAGCCCGGACGGCUGCACGGUGCGCUGCGAGUUCACGACCGCGUCGUUCGCGACCUCGGAGCGUCGAAAGCGGCGCAAGGGGGAUCGGCGCUCCGCCGAGUGCGCGGCGCUGGUGCGGUGCGCGGUGGAGAACAGCGUCGUCCGCUCCCUGCUCAAGCGGUCGCUCGUCGACGUGCACGUGCUCAUCGAGCAGGCCGACGGCGGCACGCGGAGCUGCGCCAUCAACGCUGCGAUCGCCGCGGUGAUCGACGCCGGCAUUCCGUGCGUGGACGUCGCGGGCGCGGUGGCGGCGGGGUACCUGGACGGCACGGCGCUGCUGGACUUGAAUUACGUAGAGGACGGCGGGAACGGGCCGGACGUGGUCGUGGCGCUGCAGCCGCGCGAGGGGCGCGUGGUGGUGCUGGAGUCGGACGGGCGGACCGCGGUGGACACGCUGACGCCGGUGAUCGCGCUGGCGGUCGAGGGGUGCCGCGCGGUCGCGGAGCAGACGCGCGCGGCGCUGGCGAAGGCGGCGGCGCAGCGAGCGGCGCUGGCGGUAACAGCGCCGAAGCCGCCCGGGGCAUGA